CGCAGAGACUCAGGCCUUCGUCGACGUGCGAUCCCGCCGUCGACCCGACGCUAGCACCCCGCCUCUGGUGACCGAUAGAUGGUCCACGAUACCUGUCAUCCCGCGCCAGCUACCUAGGGGCUAUGCGGCUAAACCAAUAUGACACAUCAAUCCUUAUUUGACCGGCUCGGGCCAGAGAUAAUAGACCCAGACGAAGAAACCUUCUUACUCUUCUCCCAGGCUAUCCCCUCACAAAACCUCGGCUUCGUCGAUCCCCGGGCAUCUACGCUGGACCUGAGCAUCGCAGGCAACGACUAUGUGAUUCAUCAGUCUCCGGCCAUCCUGAAUCGUCCGGGCAGCACCACCGGCGCGGUGGUGUGGAAAAUUACGCCCCUCGUAGCCGGCUGGUUGGCCAUGCCUGAGAACCUGCUCCGAGUAUCUGGCAUCCUGUCGCCUUCUUCCAGCGUUCUGGAGUUGGGCUGUGGCAUUUCCGGUCUCGUGGGAUUGGUGCUCGCGCCAUUCGUUGCGCGAUAUACACUGACUGACCAGACUUACGUCUCAAGGUUGGUGGAAAAGAACAUCGAGGAGAACGUUGUGGUGGGCGGGUCGAAGACGUCGAAGCCUACCGCUACUCAGAAGCGGAGGGUAAGGUCUUCGUCCAUCCAGCCGCAUAUGAACCUGCGAUUCGCCCCUCUCGACUGGGAGCUCGAUGAAGUGACAUCAUCGCUUACGGGCACGAAGAACGUGAAGAGCUUUGACGUCGUCAUCGCCUGCGAUUGCAUCUAUAAUGACGCGCUGAUACUGCCACUAGUGCAGACCUGCGCGGACGCCUGCAAAUUGAGGUCAGCCGACGAAGGUGGUCCUCAUAGGCCGGCGGUCUGUCUUGUAGCACAGCAGCUCAGAGAUCCGGAAAUCUUCGAUGCCUGGGUGAAGGAGUUCAGCAAGCCUUUUCACCUGUGGCGAGUCCCGGAGCACGUCUUAUCCGCGGAGCUGCGGUCGAACCCGGGCUUCGUCGUGCAUCUAGGCAUAUUGAGAAACGCUGGAGGAGAGAUCGGUAAUCCGUGAAUAAUCUCGUGAUGUCACGCCCAAUCGAAAUUCGACUGAGAAUUGUCUCUCCCACCCCCCCAUCUACGCCUCGUUUCAUAUUGUCUUUCCACAUGUAGGGGAAAGGAGGCGCUGUUCAGACUUUUCUCGACGUCGGCAACUGACCAGGUCAUCACCCGCCUAGACCCGCCGGCACA